UUGUGUAUUAUUUUGGAAUAAUUUUGGUUAGAAAAAGAAAAAUGCUUUUGAAAUACUACAUUUGUAAAUGAUUUGAAACAUUGAACAAUUUUAUAUAAAUUUUUGAAAAAUUGACUAUUUUAGCAUAUGUCGAUUAUAGAUACUUUUAGGGUUUUCGAAAACAAAGUUCUUCAUAAAAUCUUCGGUGCGAAACGCGAUGAGGAAACGGGCGAAUGGAGCAAACUCCAUAAUGUAGAAAUACAUCGAUUGUACAAUAAACCGGACAUUAUUAACAUCGUAAAAUCACACCGAAUAAAAUGGGCUGGUUACGUGGCACCUGGAAGAGGAUCGAAUGACACAUAAAUACUGGUCGGUAUAUCGAACGGGAAAAGACCACUAGGUAGACCGAGACGUAGAUGGGAGAAUAAUAUUAGAAAGGAUCUUAAAGAAAUAGACUACGAAGACCGUGAAUGGAGGGGUCGCACUCAGGGACGAAAACACUGGCGGAAUUUGGUAUUUGUAGCAAUGAACUUUCGAGUUUCUAAUGCCAACUAAUAAUAAUAAUAAUACAAAAAUUUCAUUAUUUUGACUUUUAUCCUAUCUGAGAACGAUACCUUAAACUUUGAAUUCGUUUUUAUUGAAAAAAGAAACUAUAAGACCGAUUGUACUAAAAUGUUUACAUUUUAUUAAAAGAACUGUAGAUUAAUAAAAUGUAAAAAAAAAAGAUCGUUUAUUUUUAGUCGUAAUACCAGAAUAUCUCCUUUAAUGCUAAUAUGCCCCCAAGUACGAUAGAAAACAUCUGUCACAGCAACCAAUGUUUAUGUUUUAGAACAGUACUCUCUAAGAUCCUUGAAUGAACAGAAAUGUUAGCAUUUCUCGUAAAAGUAUAUUUAUAACAGUGUGAUGAUAUAACAUUAAAAAAAAAUUUGUUAUUGUUUAUUGUUAAUUGAUUAGUUGAUUAUUUUUUUUAAUUAAAUAUAUAUAUUCCAUUGAAAAGGAUGUUAGAAACACGUUCUGCUGUAUUUAAAUUAAUGAAAACUAACGCUCACGAAGAACGACAGAUUAAAAAAUGGCCACCCCCAUUUUCUUCAGCGAUAACUCCUUACUACGAAAGAGAUUUCAAUGAUGUCGUUAAACAAGCUUGUGCAGAAAAAUCUUUUACCCUUCGAAUAUCGAAAGUAAUUGUCAUUGGAGAUGUAGCAGUUGGAAAAACGUCAUUAGUAAAUCGUUUUUGUCACAAACUUUUUGACAACAACUAUAAGGCUACCAUUGGUGUAGAUUUUGAAGUAGAAAGGUUUGAUGUUCUUGGUGUUCCAUUUUAUUUGCAAAUAUGGGAUACGGCUGGACAAGAGCGAUUCAAAUGUAUCGCUGCUUCCUAUUAUCGAUCUGCUAAUGCGAUUAUAGUUGUUUUUGAUGUUGGAAAUUUAGUAACCUUGGCACAUUGUCAACAAUGGUUAUUAGAAGCAUAUAAAAGUAACACUAACUUUUGUCAUGUUUUUUUAGUUGGUAUGAAAAGAGAUUUACUGUCGAACAAAGUAUACGAGAUUAUUGAAAAUCGUGCGAUAGAUGUUGCGAAUCGAAUGAGAGCCGAAUAUUGGACAGUUUCAGCUAGAACUGGAGACGGAGUUAAUGAAUUGUUCGCAAGAGUUGCUAGUUUAUGCUUCAAUGCAAUGGUUUUACGAGAAUUAGAAAAUAACAAAAUAGUACCAAUGAAUAUCGGCUCGGAUUUAAUAACUUUGGAAAGUAAAUCCAAGGAAAAUGAAGAUAAAAUUAAAAAAAAGAUUAAAUCGAAAUGUUUCGAUUGUUCCAUAUAAAUAUUUCGACGAAUCAACGAAUUGAAAAUAAUUGAUCAAAGUGAGUGGACCAAGAGUACGAAGUUAUGAACUAUUAAAUAAAUUGAUUUCAUUUUUUUCUACGAAUAAUUCGAUUAAAUGUAAGCGAUGUUUACUUUGUA